GUGAGACUAUUUGAUGAUAAUAAAUGUACUCGAAUCAAUAUUGAGCGGAUAAACUUAGAAACGAUUUCUGUGAAAGAUGGCGUAUCAAAAGAGGACCCAAACGAUGAAGUUGAAAUACUGAGCAUUGUUAGCGAAGUAAAGGACUAUAUAAUAGACAAUGUUAAUAUUAUCAAAAGCGUGUCAGAUUGCUGUGGCUUAGGUGUUCCGUCUUUCUGUGAAUACUACCUUCCAAGCCAAGAUUCUUUUAGAAAUGGCUGCUUCGAGAAUGAACUUCACGAAAGGUAUUUAAGGGAUAUUUUUAAAUAUGGGUCUACUCUGAUCAAGACAGCCCGAGCAUUAGAAAUUGAUGAAAUGUUAGAUCGAAACUAUAAAAUCAGCGCACAUUCAUCAUGUAAGAUUGACGGAUAUGAUGGUGUCUUCAGUUCAGUUAAGAACAUAAACGAUAUUAAAAUUGAGAGAGAAAGUAUAUGGGCAAAGAAUUUUAUUAGAAAGUGGAAGGAGAACCCUGUGUUUUUUAUUUUUGAUAAUAAAUAUGACAAAAUCUAA